AUGGUUGCUGCUGUUGAGUGCACUGAGAUCCUGAGGGAGAAGCAGCGCGUGCAUGUGUCCAGCAUAUACUACACAGACACCGGUUUGAUCAAUAUCGAGGAAGAGGAAGAAGCAAGCAGCUUAUAUCCGUCGACGUCCUUGCCUGGCUGCACUGUAUAUCACAGCUCAACACUCACUGGUGUUGCUUCUCAAAACUCUAUACAUCACUAUAGAGGGUUGCUGCUGCUGGGUCGGCCUGGUAAUGUUACCCUGUCAAACGAGUCUCACACCCUGAUAAUCAUGGGCUCUUCUCCUUCAAUCAAAUCAGAAUCACGCUCCGGCGGCAAACAGCCUCGACCUCGUUUGCAAACGAAUGCAUCCAGCAGGGUCAUGAAGACCGGGAAGGGCUGGCGCAGUUUGCACGUCGCUGCAGAAAGAGGACACGUGAACGUCGUCAACGCCCUGCUGCAGAAGGGCGAGCAAGUGGACUCCCUGACAAACGAUCGCCUGACCCCACUGCACGUGGCCGUGCUGUCCGGCAAGCCCGCCGUCGUGGAGUCGCUGCUCGGGCACGGCGCCCAAGUUGAGCUCAAGGGUGGCAAGAGCCUGGAGGCGCCUCUUCACCUGGCCGUGCAGACCCCCGACGGCGACAAGUGCGCCGAGAUGCUCAUCAAGUGUGGAGCCAACGUGCGGGCGAGGACGGAGGACCUGCGCACGCCUCUGCACAUUGCAGCACGAGCGGGCAACAUCCGGUGUCUGGCCCUGCUGCUCAACGAGGGGGCAGAGCCGACAGACAAGACGCAGAAUGGAGACACCGCUCUGCAUUUUGCCUGCACCGAGUGCCAUCUGCCGGCCGUGACCGCCUUGCUGGACCAUGUGAAUAAGCAGCAGCGAGGCAAUGGCAAUAACGCGGAUGCCGCAGCAGCAGCAGCCCUGUCGGCCUUGGUCAACACGCAGAACGCCAAGGGAGAGACGGCAGCCCACCUUGUGGCACAGCAAGUGCCUCGUCAUUCAUCGCCGCCGACGACGCAGGACGACGUACUGGAUGAUGAGCAUCAACAAAAGCUGCCAAAUAAGGUAGACGUCAAUGACGACGACGACGACGAUCCAGCGCGGAAGAUCAUGCGACUCCUGCUCGACGCCGGGGCUGACGUGGGCACGCUUUGCACGCGACAGAGCCGGGAGACGGCCCUCCAUUACGGCGCCCGGGCCGGCAACGCGCCUGUGCUGGGCGAGAUGCUGUCCUUGCUGCAGCAGGAGGGCCGCGGGGCCCGGCAGUCGUCCCUCCUGCGCACGGCCAGUGUGAACCGGCAGUCCACCCAGGGCUGGUCCCCGCUGUUGGCUGCGGCCGACGCGGGCCACGUCCGGGCUGCUCGCAUCCUGCUCGACCACCACGCCCGCGUCGACGUGUUCGACGCCGAGGGACGAGCAGCGCUGCAUCUGGCGGCGGGCCGAGGCCACGCGCCGCUCUGCGACCUCUUGCUGGACCACAAGGCCUUCGUCAACGCCAAGGUGAUGACGGGCCAGACGGCGCUGCACAUGGCAGCCACCGGCGGCUUCAACGACCUCGUGCGGCUCCUUGUUGUGAGGCACAAUGCCAUGUUGGAAGCACUCACGCUGAGAAAAGAAACACCUCUGCACGCUGCUGCCGCGUCCGGCCAACUCGGCGUGUGCAAGACACUGGUGGAGCUGGGUGCCAACGUGAAUGCCGUGGACGCCGAACGACAGACGGCACUGCACCUGGCCGCCGAAAACAACCACUCGGACGUGGUCAAGUUCUUUCUGAAUCUCCAGCCGGACCUGGUGACGACGGCGAAUAAGAUGGGCAACACUUGCGCUCACAUCGCCGCCGAAAAGGGCUCGGCCGAAGUCAUCAAGGAGCUGCUCAAGUUCAACAAGCACGCGGCGACGUCGGCGCGGAACAAGUCGAGCGACGCGACGCCGCUGCACUUUGCCGCCUCUGGCGGCCACGUGGAGCUCGUCAAGAUCCUCCUGGACAACGGCGCCUCCGUGACGGACGAGAACAAGACCGGGGAGACGCCGCUGCACUUGGCUGCGAGGUACGGGCACCUGGGCGUCGUGGAGGCGUUGCAGGCAGCAGCAGUGGCGUCCCCCAGGGCGCCGUCCCGCAAGACCGGACUCUCGCCCAUCCACGUGGCGGCCUUCUUCGGCGAGGCGGACGUGGUGCAGGAGUUGCUGGCCCACGUGCCGGCGACAGUCACGUCGGCCACACCCGCCCUCGUGUCCGCCUCGCUGGUCAGCGAACUGGGCUCCGAGUCGGGCCUCACGCCGCUGCACAUGGCCGCCUACUCGGGCCAGGAAAGCGUCGUGCGCAUCCUGCUCAACUCCCCGGGGGUCCAGCACGACGUCACGACGAAUUUGCACGGCUACACUCCUCUCCACUUGGCUUGCCUCAAUGGUCACCUGGCUGUCGUCGGGCUGCUGCUGAGCAGGUCCACGGACCAGCUGGACCAGGGCGACAAGCGCGGCAGGACGGGGCUCCACUUGGCCUCGUCCGGCGGGCACGCGGAAAUGGUGGCCCUGCUCCUGGGCCAAGGAGCAGACAUUAACGCCACAGACAGAAAUGGAUGGUCUCCGCUGCACUACGCGGCCAAGGCGGGUCAUCUGGAAGUGGUCAAGCUGCUGGUGGAGAGUGGCGCCUCACCCAAGGCCGAGUCCAGGGACGGCAAAAUCCCGCUGUGUCUGGCUGCUGCAUCGGAGCGAAACGACGUCGUGUCCCACCUGCUGAGGAGGGACCACAACACCUACGCCCUUCUGGAAGACAAGAAGUUCAUUCUGGACCUCAUGUGGUGCAGCCGCAAGGACAAACUGAAGCAGCUGACGGAAUUCGUACUCGUGUCUGCUGCUCCUGUCGACACGGCGGCCAAGCUGUCCUACACGCUGCACUACUUGUCCCUGAGGGAAAAAGACCGAUCAAAAGACCUGGAAGAGGCGGCCAAGUUCGCGGAGAACAUGGCCAAGGAGCUGCUGUCCCUGGCUGCUGGCACAGCCAGCGCGGGCCUCCUGCUUCGGUCCAUGGACCAGCGCGGCGUGGCCCUGCUGGACAUCCUGCUGGAGCACGAGCAAAAGGAGGUGGUGGCCCACACGGCCGUGCAAAAGUACCUGGGCGAAGUCUGGCGCGGCCCGCUGGCCUGGUCCCAGUGGCACACGCUGCUCGUCUUCCUCCUCUUCCUCUUCUGCCCCCCGGUCUGGGUCGUCUUCUCCCUCCCGCUGGGCCACAAGUUCAGCCGCAUCCCGCUCAUCAAGUUCCUCUCCUACCUCACGAGCCACUUGUACUUUGUGGCCCUGCUCAUUCUCACAAUUGUGACCCCACUUCGGCCAAUCUGGAGGAGCACCAGCAUGAUCCCGAUCUGGUACGAGUGGAUCCUACUGGCCUGGAUCUCGGGCUUGCUGCUGUCGGAACUGACGAACCCCGGGGACAGGGCGGGCCUGGGCUGGCUCCGGGUCAUGAUUCUGGUCGUGUGCGGACUGGCCAUCGGGAUCCACCUCGUGGGCCUGGCCCUGGACCAUCCGGACAGGGCCGUCAUUUUGUACAUCCGGAACCAGUUCCUGGCCCUCGCACUUCUCAUGUGCUGCGUCCAGCUCCUCGACUUCCUCACAUUCCACUACCUGUUUGGGCCGUGGGCCAUCAUCAUCUCCAACCUCAUGGUGGACCUCGGCCGGUUCCUCGUCAUCCUCUUCAUCUUCAUCUUUGGCUUCUCCAUGCACGUGGCGGCCAUCUAUCAGCCAGUGGUGCCGCUCUACGCUGCCCACGCCAACGGGACAGCCAUCGGGGACGGAUAUCCUCCGCAGGAUGCCCCGGUCCAGACACCCAUCGACACCUUCGAAUUGCUCUUUUACGCCCUGUUUGGGCUCGUGGAGCCCGACUACCUGCCUCCAAUGCACGCCCAUCCCCCGUGGGCCAAGGAGAUCAUGAAGAUCGUCUUUGGCAUCUACAUGAUGGUCACGGUCGUUGUGCUCAUCAACCUGCUCAUUGCCAUGAUGAGUGACACGUACCAGCGAAUCCAGUCCAAGUCAGACGCCGAGUGGAAGUUCGGUCUGGCCAAGCUCAUCAGGAACAUGAACAGGACCUCGGGCACUCCGUCACCACUGAACCUCGUCACCAAGCUCAUCGUGUACGUUCAUGCCAUCUUCAAGUACAGAGGCGACCUCUGCAAGCGAGAUGCGCAAGAGUACCUCAGAACUGAACACGUGCCAGAAGAUCCGUACGCCCUAGAUGUCGCAGCGUUCGCAACCGGUGGUUGGGUCCGUAGGUUCAAAGACAAGAAUAACAAAAUCGGCCCCAAGGGUGAGCAUUAA